AUGUACAACAGUUUUCAGACUCUUGAUGUUCAUAAAAGAAAAUCCCAUGGUUCUCUAUUUGCAGACACGAAAGAAACCUGUGACAAUUGUGGAAAGCAAUUUGAGACUAAAGGUGGUUUAAGUAAACAUAAGAAAAAUAAAGCAUGCGAAACUACUUUUAAUUGUGAAUCCUGUGGUAAAACUUUUAAUAAUGCCAACCGCUUUGAAAAACAUAAACUGACACAUAAGGAUAAUAAAGCCACUACUGUUUGUGAUGUGUGUGGGAAAUCAUUAAGCACGGCAGCUGCAUUGGCAGUCCAUAAAAACAGCCAUGAGAAUAUCAGAAAGUUUCAGUGUAAUGUAUGCAACAAAUCAUUUCUUCAGAAGGGAACUAUGGUUGCUCAUCAACGAAUACACACAGGAGAACGGCCAUACUUAUGCAACACUUGUGGUGCUUCUUUCCGAUACAACAGCCAUCUAAGUCAACACGAAAAUCUUCAUACUGGUAAAAUUAAGCAUUCAUGUAGCAAGUGCGAACGCUCUUUCUAUACAAAACAUUCACUGAAGAAACAUUUAUUCCGCCAUCUUAAUGUUCGUAAUCAUGCAUGUAAAAUUUGUAGCAAAAAGUUUCUAGAUGUAACUGAGGUGCAGGUUCACAUGAGAACGCAUAGUCAAGAAAAACCAUUCAUGUGCGAUAUUUGUCCACAAAGGUUUGGUCAGUCUGGACACAUGUUGCGGCACAAACUUCAAGUGCAUAAAAUCGGUAAAUUUCCUUUUGUGUGUGAUACAUGUGGCAAGGGAUUUGUUGAUCGACGAAAUAUCAUAAUGCAUACAAAGAUGCAU